UUAUGUUCAAAUAAAAGCCGCUUACAAAAAAAUGUGUGAAAUUUGACAAGUACCGAUUGACUGAGAUAUUUAAAUACUUUAUUCCCACUGUUAAUUUUCCAUAGUUUUAGCAGAGAAUCUACUGUAUAAGACUUCUUGGAUAAAACGUUUCACAUUAUCUGAUGAUAGACUUCCGCAUGCGGUGUAAAUGUUUGUGAGGCUGAUGUAUACUCUGCCAGGUUCUCCUGGGACUCUGGGCAGGCAGAAAGAGGAGUAAUAUUCUACAAGUCAAUAACGGAUCUAUCGGGGGACCUCGUGGCAGCGCUUAUAACGCGUGAGUGGAUGAUGUGGUGUGUUUACUGUCUCAGGAGCCUCGGUGCUCAUUCCAGGAGCAUUGAGCGGGGCAGACGGACGCACAGUCGCUCUGUAGAGUGACUGAAUGAGCUACUGUGGAAGAAACAGAAGAUGCAAAAGAAGAUGUCAGUGGCAUUGAAGAGGGGAAUAAGCGCCAAAGCCGAGUCUAGAAAAUGCGAAGCGCGUUUUUGGAGGCUUUUUCCUCACCUUGUGCUGUGUCUGUCCCUGGUCGGGUACGCAGCGCUCGGUGCGCUUAUGUUUAAGCACAUUGAAGGAGGGGUCGAGUCCACUCAAAAGCUCGAGUUCCAUAAGUUUCUGGGGAAUAUUGUCGACACGGUCCAAAACCUCACAGAAAACGUCUCCUACACACAUGAGGCUAUAAUAAUGGAAGUGGAGGGUAAAAUGCGAGGUGAGUUUAAGUCCACUUGGCUCCAGAGCCCGGAGAGAUGGAAUUUUUCUCGAUCCCUGUUCUUCUGCUGCACAGUGUUCACAACAGUGGGCUAUGGCGAGAUCUAUCCAGUUACCCUUACCGGUAAGGUGGUAUGUGUCUUGUACGCCAUGGUGGGCAUUCCUCUCAUGCUUCUGGUCAUCCUUGAUGUGGGAGACUUCCUUGCAAUGCUGAUGACAAGAGCCUACAUCCACAUUCACAACUUCUUCAAAAACCUCCGCUCCCGCACCUGGUCCCCAUGGAAGGCUCGGAAGAAGGCUGAGGAUUCGAGGUGCCGGACCCUGGAAGAUGGUACCUUUGUAUUUAGCCAUGAUAUCGUGGUCCGCCAACCUCUUGACAUCCGGCAGGUGCUGCACAGCCAAGCGGACUUACGUCAGAAAUCUAUUCAUCUCCAAAACAACAAAGAGAUAUUCGAGAAGAUUCUUGCCAGGGAGAAUUUAAUCAGAAGGGGCCCACUGGUCAGGAGUCUCUCCUGCCCAGAACUAGACCGGCUGCAACUACCACGCAAAAAUUACACCAUAUGGGACUUCACAGGUUUAGGGGAUGGGAUGGAAACACUGGAUGUACCCUUUGUGCUUAUCCUGUUUAUCGUGUUUGCCUACAUUUUGUUGGGUGGUUUGAUUCUACCAUUGUGGGAAACUUCAAUCACGGGCUUCGACCCCUAUUACUUUUGCUUCAUCACGCUCACUACCAUUGGUUUUGGUGACAUUAUACCCUGUCACCCAAAUUACUUCAUGGUUACCUCACUCUUCAUCAUCAUCGGCAUGGCCAUUAUGUCCAUGGCUUUCAAGCUGUGCCAAACUCGACUUGUAAUCUGCUACAACCAGUGCAUCAAGUUCAUCAGCAGGGGAAAUUCGGAAACAUUCAACGAAGAAGAGAAUGAUUAAGUUACCAGGGGAAUAUAAGCCUUAUGUUCAAGAGUCAUAUAAGCUUACAGUCCUGGUUUUGAAACAGGCUCAAAACAGGAGAAUGUUGGAUCUAGUCCAGUGCGUUUUUUGCUGGCUGUUCAAUUGUAAGCAUGUGCAAAAUAAAAAAUGUGCAUUUGUCAAAGCCUUUGCCCAGUUAAGGAGAGUUAUAUAAAGUAAUUCCUAUCUUGAAGAACUCUUGAAGUUCUUGAAGAACUUUUAACUCUGCAUAUCUAGAGUCAGUAUCUUGCCAUGGAAUGACUAUUAGCCAUACUAGUGUUGCAUUUGGCAAUACGUCAGGUCUCUGAAUUUCUUACUCUCUUUUAGGAAACAAAAUAAAAUGCCUCCUUAAUUUUUACCCUUUCCAGUCGAAAGGCUCCUGAGCAGCACAUUUCACAAGGAGUGACCUUUUUGUUUCAGAAGCAUAGAGGAUGACAACCAUGUGAUUUUUAAGCUAAACUUUGUUCAUAAAUUAGAAAUAACAUCAACAUCUGACAAAUUGUGUUAUAUUACUAAGAAAUAUAAACAGUAUUCAUUACCUCCACAGAAAAUGUUGGCUGAGACCAGUUGAGCAAAAAUCAAAUCAAAAUUAAGAUCAAGAGGUGUUAUUCAAAAGUUGUGAUGAUAUGUCAUUGAGCUCAAAUUCCCACAGUCUGCAUGUAUCUUGUCUGGGUCCGUUUGUAAAGUUUUUAACAUCAUGCAUGCAGGCUUUGGUCUGUUAAGAACACAUUUACUUCAGUCAUAAGCAGCUCAGUUGUUGUAACACGUUAUAUCUUUCACUGCCUGGACGAUGUAAAUGUUCUCCUUGUUUUCUUUAUGCACCUUCAUUGUUUAUACUAUGUAUUCAGUUAGUUGUCAUUCAGAUAUAUUCAUAAUCAAAUUUGGAUUGUAUAUUUCAAUUUACAUGAAUACAAUUUCCUAUGUAGCUUUAGAGCGCACUCACACUAAGCCAAGUUGUCCAGCAAUUUGCUGAAGCACAAUUGUCCCCCCCUCCCCAAUUCCCCACUGGCCUGCACUCACACAGCUCUACGGGCCUGAGCACCUCUUGUACAUAAAGUCGUAAUACAAUACAUGCAUGGCUUCACGUGAAGCGUGCUUAGCACAUCAGAAAAUAACACAAAGAACAUGACUGCUACUCUACUGACUUUUGGCUUAUUUUGAGUCAUUUUAGUUUGAAAAAGCCAUAACACUCCAUGAUGACUCGAUAAUGAAGGCUUUCCACGUGGUGUACUCGUGUACCUUGAGUAAGGAUCGGAGCACACUAGUCAAACGAACUGGACUUUGGGGGUAUAGCAUGCUUAGGCACGGUACAGAUUGCCUAUUGUGUGUGUGCCCUUAGUCAAUAUUCCAGUUAAAGCUGGGGAAUCAUUUGUCAAAGAAGCUGAGAAGUUUUAUCUUUGUGCCCAGAAACUAUAUGUUACACAGUGAAUGAUGCUCCUAUUUGUUCCACAACUAUUUGAUUUUGCACAAAUAGGCUUAUUUACAGUCAGAUAUGUCACAACUUCCUUAAAGGCUGUAGUUAUUUUCACACUAUUACUACAAUUACUUUUUUUUUUUUGCACUCAAGUUUAGAAUUAAGAUGUUAUAUAAGACCGACUGAAUGGUCAAGAUACUGAAGCAGCCUGUGAUUAGGCGGAAGGAAAACUUCCCAACAGAUUUAAAGAUUGUAAAACAUGAAUUAUGUAGAUACAAAACUGAGGUGUUUUUGUUGCAUAUUAUUAUGGCCAGGGUAAUAUAUUGUGUUUUACAUGAAUUGAUUUUGUUCUUCAGAAGUAGCAGCAACACCUUGAUGGACUUAAACAUGGCUCAAUUUUUAAGGUUUGGGUCUCAGUGCUAACAGUAAGAAGGCAUUUGCAUUUAAAUCAAUACAAUUAAGUGCAGCCAUAAGAUUAUACACAAAAUAACGAAUUAAACCACUCACUACUGCAAUAUGAACAUAAGGGAAUAGAGUACAUAAUGGUUUGAAAGAUGUGGCUUUCUCUGAUCCCCUUUAAAUCAUUUCCAGUAAGCACUUCCUUUGUUUUGCUGCUCAUUUGUGACACAAUAAACUUGUAUUCAUA